CGGAAUAGUGUCCAUCAUUUCUAAGCUCUCAAAGAGUAUUUCCCUGGCAGCAGAACCCAGUGUGUGUGGCAUCGAAUGGCGGCGCUUAGAAGACUAGUUGGGCAUAAUCCCAAUCUAUCAUACACUUCUCUCCUUACUCCAACUCUUCUCAUUUGUUCCAGAGGCAUAGCUUCCAAACUUUUCGUUGGAGGAUUGUCAUUUUACACCAAUGACAAAGGAUUAUCAGAAGCAUUUUCUCAAUAUGGUCAAGUUGUUGAAGCUAAAGUUGUAAUGGACAGAGUCUCAGACAGAUCAAAAGGAUUUGGAUUUGUGACCUUUGCUUCAGAAGAUGAAGCUCAGAAAGCCCUUACAGAGAUGAAUGGAAAGGCAUUAAAUGGGCGUGUUGUUUUUGUGGACUAUGCAAAACCCAAAUCCGAUUUUGGAGGUGGAAUCCCAAUAGCAAGAGGGCCUCCAGAGCCAAAAGACGACAGUCAAGUACUUAUAUGAAGAUAUAAUUUGUGCAAAGGACAAUGGCAGGAAAAGUUGGAUUCCUAUAAAUUAUGUCUUAUCCAAAUGUCUGUGUUAACUUUUUCUAGCUAAUAAUCUUAUUUUGAUCGCAAGGCAUGUGUCUUCCACUAGUAGAAGCACCACACAUCAUCAGAAGCAACAUCAGAUAGUAUUUUAGAUCAAAAUCCAACAAACUUUGAAUACUAGUUUUAAGUGUGAUCUGUGAGAUAGAGUUCACUUGUCUUGAACAUUUAAUGAGUAAAGGUUGUAAUAUACUUUAAUAUUUUUGCAAACUGAGAGAGUUCAUUUGUCUUGAA